AUGGCCUUUCUACCCCCUCACUGUACCCCCCUCUUGGGCUUGUGGCUGGCUCUGUGUCUCCUCCUGGUCCGGGAGGUCCAUGGAGAAGACCCUACUAGUCAUCAGAUUGGCGGUGGUGGCGGGGGCUCCCAGUGCGGGGACUACAGUAACCAGGUGAUGGAGGAUGGGAUGUGCCGUCUGGUGGCCACCCUGCCCCAGACUGAGGACCAGCGCUGUCCAGACAUGUUCCGUUGCACAGACGAAGUCUCCUAUUGGCUGCAUGAGAACGAGGAGAGGAAACAGCAGAUUCUGUCGCUGAGGGAGACCAUCUCAGAGCUUCAGGAGGAGCUGAGGAACCACAGGCACCGCGUCAAGGUUCUGGAGCUGCAGGCCCAGAUCCAUAACCUGUCUCGGCUGGUAGAGAGCGUACGGAGGAACCCUGGCUGUAUGAUCAACAUUGUCGGUACCAGCCCUCAGAUGAGUUCAGAGGAGGCCCUGCAUCCAGAGGUGCAGCAUGUGAGGAACUGUCCUAUAGAUUGUGCGUCUAUCUACUAUAACGGUGUGAGGCGCUCUGGUCUGUACACGGUGGUGCCUUCACUGGGCGUCAUGCCUGUCGAGGUUUACUGUGACAUGGAGACAGAGGGUGGUGGCUGGACAAUGCUCCAGCGGCGUGUGGAUGGCUCUGUGACCUUUGACCGGAGCUGGAGGGAGUAUAAGGACGGGUUUGGUGAUUUGCAUUCUGAGUUCUGGCUGGGUAACGACCACAUCCAUGACCUUACCAGCCAGGGAGACUAUAGCCUCAGGAUCGACCUGGAGGACUGGAGCAACAAGCACAAACACGCCCUCUACGAGAGCUUCAGUGUGGAUGGGGAGGACAGCCAGUACUGUCUCCAUGUGUCUGGGUUCAGUGGGACGACGGAGGACUCAUUCAGCUGGUACCAUGACAAGCAGGGCUUCAGCACCCCCGACACGGGCAACAUCUGUGCUGAGAUAUCCCACGGAGGCUGGUGGUACAACCAGUGCUUCUACGCCAACCUCAACGGAGUCUACUACAGAGGAGGCCGGUAUUCCCCCAAGGGGAAGAACCCUCUAGGACCAGACGGAAUCGUGUGGUAUUCCUGGAAGGACUCGGACUACUACUCUCUAAGGAAAGUCAGUAUGAUGAUCCGCCCACGUACCUUCCGCCCACGCAUGUCGCCCUGA